CCGAGAAAAUUUGGAAGACUGGUGACUUGAGCAGAGCCAGUUACGCAGCCAAAAAAAUGAUUCAAUGCCUAGCAGAGCACACAGGACUGGUGUACAACUCAACGCAAAUCAAUCUGCACGUUCACCUGAAAAUGAUGGCCAGAAUGUUGCAUCCAAUUGAUGUCGAUGCAAUACAGCAAGUUAAUUACGACCAUCAGACGUUUCUCUCGUCGUUGGAUGCCCUCUACGAUGAUAAGACGUUAAUAUUUACCGGUGAAUUGUUUGAUGAUCUUAACACGAUUGACGAUUUACACUCGGCCCAAUUUGAUUUUGCCACCGAAAUGAUGAAAAACACCUACGAAUGCAGUGGAAUCAAUAUUACGAACGAGGAAACGUUCGCGUUUGACUUCCUGGUGUGUCUCCUUCAGUCCAAGGUGUUGGACCGCUUCUGGAAAUUUUACGAUUUCAACCUUGAACAAAGCAGUGUGAUUCCCGUGGACCACGAUCUAACCUCACCAUGCAUGGCAUUUGACAAGUUUUUGAGAUACAAUCCUUCUUUGUGCAUUCCAGCCGAUGGUUUGUCUCCGCUGACUGAAACUGGGCCUUAUAUUACCCUGAAACCAAUCAACAUAAAAAUGCUCAAAACGUCAUCUUUCACCGCGUGUUUGGAGCGGAAUGGCUCGCUGCCUUACGCGGAAACCAAGCAGGAGUUUGAAACGAUCUACUUUUAUAUCAGGAGAUUGGCUUCGAAGCUGACGAUCAUCUGGGACCAAGGCUUUUACGACAAGAUAAACGAAAAAUUCAUGUGGUGCCGCAGCGACGUCGAUCCCUUCCAACCUGGGGCGAAAAUUCCGAUCCCUGUCGCCGUGAACGCGACGACCAAACAGGAUUUCGUGAUGCUCGUCUCGCUGCCGGGAGCCAAACCAAAUCUGCACGCCGUCCCCGCCACCGACGAGCUGAAAUACCAAACCGACGUCUUCUGCCACUUCCCAGUUUACGUCAUGAACGAGUGUUCGACAAGGAAGCAAUCUGAGACGGAAGAGUACUACUAACGGAUUUCUAAUUCUAAUUGGGAGUUAAUUUGACAACGUUUAUCAAAUGUAGA